UGCUGUGGGCAAUGCGCGGCUGCCGCCGGGCCCCAGGCCGCUCCCGGUCGUCGGCAACAUCCUCGACUUGCGCGGCGGCAACCUCCACCACAAGCUCGCGUGCCUCGCGCGCGUCCACGGCCCCGUCAUGCGCCUCAAGCUCGGGGUCACCACGGCCGUGGUCAUCUCCACCCGCGACGCGGCGAGGGAGGCGUUCACGCGGCAGGACCGGCGUCUCGCCGCGCGAGCGAUCCCGGACGCCACCCGCGCGCUCAGGUUCCACGAGCGGUCCAUGGUGUGGCUGCCGAGCUCCGACCCGCGCUGGAAGAACCUGCGCGGCAUCGUGGCCGCGCACGUCUUCUCCCCGCGGAGCCUCGAGGCGGCGCGCGGCGUCCGCGAGCGGAAGGUGCGGGACCUGGUGAGCUACCUCCGUGGGCGCGCCGGCGAGGAGGUGGACUUUGGCCGGGCCAUGUACGGCGGAGUGCUCAACCUCGUGUCGAACGCCUUCUGCUCCGUCGACGUCGUCGAUCUGGGCGCCGAGUCGUCGGUGCAGGGGCUGCGGGAGGUCGUCGAUGACCUGGUUAAGUUGAUCGCCAAGCCCAACGUCUCCGACCUUUUCCCUUUCCUCCGGCCGCUUGACCUGCAGGGAUGUCGGCGCCAUGCCGCUACGCAGGUCGCGAAAGUUCUGCAGGUCUUGGACGGCAUCAUCGACCGCCGGCUGGACGAGGACGAUGCCUCCUCCUCCUCCUCCUCCUCCUCCUCCUCGUCAUCAAACAAGCACGGUGACUUCCUCGACGCACUCCUGGAGCUCAUGUCCACGGGCAAGAUCACUCGUGAGGACGUGACGACCAUCGUGUUCGACAUGUUCGUGGCCGGCAGCGACACGAUCGCCAUCACGGUGGAGUGGGCAAUGGCCGAGCUCCUCCGCAGCCCGAGCACCAUGGACAAGGUGCGCGCAGAGAUCAAGGCCGCCAUCGGCAGCAAGGAAACCAUCGAGGAGACCGACACGGCGAGCCUGCCGUACCUCCAGGCCGUGACGAAGGAGGCAAUGCGGCUGCACCCCGUGGCGCCGAUUCUGCUGCCCCACCAGUGCGGCGAGGACGGUGUCGAGGUCGGCGGCUACGCCGUGCCCAAGGGCUGCAUGGUGAUCUUCAACUCGUGGGCGAUGAUGCGUGACCCGGCGGCGUGGGAGAGGCCCGACGAGUUCCGGCCGGAGCGGUUCUUGGAGGAGGCGAUCGAGGUAGACUUCAGGGGGAAGGACUUCGAGUUCCUGCCGUUCGGGUCUGGACGAAGGGUGUGCCCUGGCGUGCCAAGCAGACGUGUGGUGCCGCUCGUACUGGCGUCGCUGCUGCACGCGUUCGAGUGGCGCCUGCCGGACGGCGUGUCCGUUGAGCGGUUGGACGUGAGCGAAAAGUUCACCACCGCCAACGUCAUGGCCGUCCCUCUCAAGGCCGUGCCGUUCGUUGUCAUUUCGUAGUCACUGAUCUUGUGGCAUGCCUAAUUAAUUGGAAUCAGCAUGUACCGUACAUAUCGUCUAUUUCAGCAGAUAUAGGAAAGCCACAGCCCACAGUAUGCAGUUGACAACUUUCUUUUUUAGGAUCCGGA